AUGCCCGCCUCAUCUUCGGCCGCCUCGCCUCACGCCAGCUCUCGCCACAACCCGCCGUCAUCCACCGCCUCGUCCACCCGUCCGGCUAACCCAAGCGACCCACGCCGCGACCCCUUCCCCUUUUCCUUCACGAGACCCUUCCGGGCCAACCCGUCCUCGACCAGUCUCGUGCCCUCUACCGCCGAAGGCAAACCUAUUCCCGUCGACGACUCCACGGCUGAGAACCGCACCUCGGCUCUCCGCGAGAUCAACAGCCACUACCCAAGCCGACACCGAUACGCCAAGUCCACCGGUGCGCAGAGCAGCACCUAUUCGGAGCCCGUCAUCGUGCGCAGCUACCACCCACCGGCGCCGAGCCGGCCCGCUGCCUCGACGAGGUCGGGUGGCAUCUUCCAAGGUGGGGCCGUGUCUGGGUCGGACGCGGGCGGGACUGGAACAGGCCUCAGUCGAGGGCUCCCGUUCGCCAGCAAGGUCGCCUCCGCCGGGAAUGGAAUGCUAAGCACAAUGGCACGGGCACGCACCAAGAGACCCUCGGGCGACCGCGGGCACGGAGAAGCACGGCUUCCGCCGGUGGAAGCGUUUAGCUUCAAGAGCUUCAUGGCCAACUUGGAGUCGCAGACUGGUAGCGCCGAUAUCAACGCCGAUUUGGACCGUAUUGCUGAGAUAUGUGCGCGGUCGAGGUACUCUCUCAGCAACCAGUACGAGGUCCACUACGCGCCGCACGGGUCCGGCACGUCGUUUCUCGCAGCGUCACACCAGAACCAGGAGCUGCCGGGGCCGACGCUGCAAGUCGUGUCGUCUGAUGACGAAAGGAAUAUGGGACGGCAGAGGAAGAGGAGACAUGCCGGCAGGAGAAACAGCCGCGCCAUGGGGACUCUCGAGACCAUCAUGUCGUCCAGCCGGUCCUCUGACGACGACAAGACGAAGAAGAAGUCUGCUUCGGAACUCGCCGACGAGGUCCGCGGGCGGGCAGUAAGAAAGGAAUCUACACACUCAUCGCCUUCUGCAUCGUCGCAGGGCACGUCUGAUGGUGCCGAUGCUCAAGAUGGCGAGGCGCCGUCCAGGAAUCAUACAAGACGGCCGUCGGGAUCGUUGGCGCUCAUCGAUGGCUCAAAGCAGAAUGUGGCGACGACGGAUGGGUCAAACACACGGACGUCGGCGCCGGGGCUCCUGAGCGAUCUGGCAUUGCCGCAGGCUUCGACCAGCCAGUUGGAGCUGCGAACGGCUUCAGAACAACCGCCGGAGACGAUACACAACGGCAAACACAAGACUUCGCCUGCGCCUCCCACGGACGGCAAUGCGCCUCUGGCAAAGGGGUCCAUGUCAUCGGUGCAGGACGACGGAACAGGGAGCGGCAUCAUGGCAGCCCUGAGCAGCUGGAUAGCGUGGGGACAGACGGGGAAGCAAGAAGGCCGGGCCGAAGGAAGCCUCCGGCACCUGUUGAAGACGACUGAUUUCAAGGGCAAGGGCGCCAAUAAGGCGGCAUGA